UCCACGAAAAUUUGAGUUGAGUUAAAUGAUAGUAGAAUAAUUGUUGAAAAGAUUUAUUUGAAAAAAUCUCUUUUAUAAAAGCAAAAUGAACCAAAAAGACAGACACACUAAUUAAUCGAAACUACGUCGUUUACUUGUAACAGAGUCAGAUCCAGCAGCAAUCAAUUGAAUAAGAUGGAAAACAGCUCACUCUUCCUCUCGUCUUCACCAAAUUCAUUGUCUCUGUCACCCACCAAAACCACUCCUGCCGCUGACUGUAUUCGAAUCGGAGCUCCGCGCACAACAACGGUUCUAGCUUCUUCUAGGGUCGAAUUCCCCUCCAUUCGCUUGCAUCACUCCCGAUCCCCACUCUCCCCUCUGUGCUGCACCGCGAGCGAGUCUGUGAAGGAAGAACAAGAAAUGGCUUUGAAAGAUGGUCAGGACGAUCGCAUAGCUAGAAUUUCCUCUGCCAUUCGAGUAAUCCCCAACUUUCCUAAGCCAGGGAUUUUGUUCCAAGACAUCACUACGUUGCUUCUGGAUACCAAGGCUUUCAAAGACACCAUUGAUUUGUUUGUUGAAAGGUACAAAGACAAACGCAUCUCCGUCGUUGCAGGUGUUGAAGCAAGAGGUUUUAUAUUCGGCCCACCUAUUGCUUUGGCUAUAGGAGCAAAAUUUGUACCUAUGAGGAAGCCACAUAAGUUGCCAGGGGAAGUUAUUUCAGAAGAAUAUUCUUUGGAGUACGGAACUGACAAGAUCGAGAUGCAUGUUGGAGCUGUAGAAGCAGGAGAGCGUGCACUGAUCAUAGAUGAUCUUAUUGCAACUGGAGGAACCUUGUGUGCUGCAAUCAGGCUACUUGAACGUGUUGGAGUGGAUGUGGUUGAGUGUGCUUGUGUUAUUGAACUGCCCGAGCUGAAGGGUCGAGCCCGACUAGGUGGGAAACCAUUGUUUGUGCUAGUUGAUGCAGCAGCCUGAUGAUCAACACUCUUGUUUUAAUUUCUGCUUGUUGGUGAAGCUAGUCUGAAAAUUCUGGAACUUGUUGUGAGGUGGCAGAUUUGAGAAAACCGCUUAUUAUUAAGGGGAGGAAUUGGUCGAUAAUAAAGGGUUUGUAACAUUUGGGAUGGUUUAUUUUUAUUUUUAUGAAAAAUAAUUGUUGGCGAUGCUAAGGUAUAAUUUGUUAUUUCAUUGUUGUUGAAGAUAGAGUUCAAUUGCCAAAGUGUAUGUUACAGCAGUGUAUGUUACAGCAGCUUGAAAUGAAGUACUGCCAAAAACGUCACCAAACUUGAAAUAAACGUCUUACUAGAGAGCAGAGACUUGUUUUGCCUUGGAUCAAAA